AUGGCCAUCAGCAGCUUCAUGUCAGGCACUUACACUACAGACACGGCGUUGAAAGGUGACAAGGACAGGGAGAAGGCGCCCCCAGCAGGCCCAGGCCCAGACGGUGCCGGGGAGUGGACGGGCCAGUUCAUCCACCACCGUCCGGUCCAGAUUGCAUUCACCAACGAGCGGCUAGAGUCACUCGGGCAGUUGGCCCCCAACUUCACAAGCAACUUGGAGAGGAGUCUGCAUGAGCCAGCAUUGCCUCGGCGCGUGAGGAGCGAGCCUGCGGCCGACUGGGCAGCGCCAGCCCUGAGUGCGCAGAUGGGGCUCCCGCGGGGCCGCCUUUGCUCUCUGCUUGCUGUGCCUCCAGUGCUCAUCCCGGGGGAGCGGCUCCUGUCCCGGCUGAUGGGCCGAGUUGGUGGCCGGAUGACGGAGACCUGGGAGGAGCCUGUGGAGAGCGGCCCCAGCGUUUGGACGGGUUCAAGCCUCGGACUAAUGAGCGGGCAGGUCCCUCCCAGCACCGUUGCAGCCAAAGGCUGUGGCUCCAUCCAAGCGCCCCAGGAGGAGGAGAUGUGCACCAGCCCCGGCUGCGUGAUAGCAGGCAUCAUUGAGGAGCGAGACUCGCAGCCCCUUCUGGACAUCCUGGAGGUGGUAGGCGGCUGGCCGGUGGCCAUGGACGACUGGACCGACACUGUGCGCGAGGCCUACCUGCAGUUCAUGGUGUCGGUGGCCACGAUGCUGCGGGCGGACGUGAACCUGCCCAGGAACAGCCACCUGGUGCAGGAGGACAUGGCGCACGUGCUGAAGCUGGAGACGCAUCUGGCGAACGGAUUUAACUGGACCCUCUUCAUACAGUCAGUGCUGACUUCUGUCAAAAUCCAGCUGCUGCCCGAUGAGGAGGUGGUGGUCUACGGCAUCCCCUACCUCCAGAAGCUGGAGAGCAUCAUCGACGUCUUCUCAGACAGGACCAUGCAGAACUACCUGGUGUGGCGCCUGGUGCAGGAUCGCAUUAGCAGCCUGAGCCAACGGUUCAAGGACGCACGUGCAAAGUACCGCAAGGUGCUGUACGGCAAGACCACAAACGAGGUGCGCUGGCGGGAAUGCGUCAGCUACGUCAACAGCAACAUGGAGAGCGCCGUGGGCUCCCUCUACGUCAAGAAGGCCUUCUCCAGAGGCAGCAAGAACGCGGUCGGAGAGCUCAUCGACAAGGUGCGGGCCGUGUUCGUGGAAACCCUGGGCGAGCUGAGCUGGAUGGACGAGGCGUCCAAGAAGAAGGCCCAGGAGAAGGCCAUGAGCAUGAAGGUGCAGAUCGGGUACCCCGACUACAUCCUGGACGAGAGGAGCAAGUACCUGGACAAGGAGUAUUCCAACGUGCGCCCCCCAUCCCCCUUCCGUGAGCCCCUGUCUCGGCCGGGCCCCUCCUCCCGGACCAGCCUGCGGACCAGGGGACUCCACGUGACCAGCUCACUCCUCAGCUGGAUCAUCGGAGCUGCGGUGGUCAACGCGUUCUACUCGCCAAACCGGAACCAGAUUGUGUUCCCCGCCGGGAUCCUGCAGCCCCCCUUCUUCAGCAAGGACCAGCCGCAGGCCUUGAACUUCGGGGGCAUUGGCAUGGUGAUCGGACACGAGAUCACCCACGGCUUUGACGACAACGGCCGGAACUUCGACGAGGAGGGCAACAUGCUGGACUGGUGGAGCAACUUCUCGGCCCAGCACUUCCAGGAGCAGGCGGAGUGCAUGGUGCACCAGUACGGGAACUUCUCCUGGGACCUGGCGGAGCAGCAGCAGGUGAACGGGUUCAGCACCCUCGGGGAGAACAUCGCGGACAACGGAGGGGUGCGGCAGGCAUACAAGGUGGGCCUGGGGUCGGCAUGGAGCCCUCAGAGGGACAGGGUGCCCCCUGCCCGCCGAGUGUAGCCGCCCCCUUGGCCAUCCUGAG